AUGCGAUUCUUCAUUGUUUUUGCCGCUCUCGCCACAGUAACCCUUGCCGCCGAUCUUCAACACGCUCAGGACACCUUCUGCGAUUACUGUAACAAAAACUGGGAGGAACACGUGCCGAAUACGUGGGCGGAAGUCACCGGAUACUUGGUAACAGGUUCUGUAUUACGCUAGUUUCACCAAAUUUAUGAAACAGAACUUGGCAUGCUUCCAACUGGACAUCACACUGAAACCAACGUGCAUGCGACUUGUCAACUCACUUCCACUCGCCGACAUUUUUGAAAAGUUCCGACCGAAAAUGGUCGAUUUCGGAAAUGCCGUGUGUGAUAAAUAUUGUAAUUGA